AUCGCCAAUACGCAUCAAGAUGCCCGGAGCAUGGCUGAGUGAUUCUAAUUGAGUGCUGUCAAUUUUCGUCGCAUUCAUCGCCUGCUGCAACGCCACCCGCUGCUCAAAAGAGGGCUGUAUGUGAAUGGUCGGGCUCAUCACGUCACUGCUAUUGAGCGCCAAAGGUCUCUUGACUUCGAUUUCCAAGAGGUCAAGAGUUAGCAAGCGCGACCCCGACCUCAGAAUCAUCUUCGUCGCUCCCGCUUCGGAUCACAAGGCCUUCAAGUCAGGUCUGCUCAUGGCAGUGUCUGCUGCUCUCUCCCAGGGCAAGUGGACAUGGUUUCGCAACAGAAGCGGCCCCUUAAGCACAUUUAAAGCCAUUGAUGCUGGGAGUCGCGACACCCUAGAGAGCUUCAGGCUCCUCUGGUGCAUGCGUGGUCGGAAUCUGGUUUCCGCUGGAGCUCUUAUCAUAGCCCUAGGCUUCAUGGUUGAACCUUUCCUGCAAGCAAUCAUCUCGGACUAUGGGCGUCUGGUCGAUCAGGAAAGUAAUGGUGCCACUAUCGGCAGAUCAUUUCGUCUCGAUGGUGGUACCCAAUGUAUUCUCACAUAUCCAUCAAGACAUCCGAAGGUCGAUACAACACCAGGCUUUUCUAUCAGUGCCUCCGUAUACGACGGUCUUAAUGCAGCAACGAGCAAUGGUUUCGAGACGUGUCCUUCACGUGCGUAUCCGGUAACUGUACUUGGCCUGAGUACGCCUCACUGGCUAUACAUAGCACAUGUUUUGAAGUCUCCGAUAAUCUGAAGAGGACGAACCUGGAGGAUCGAACCAAGACAACAACCUCGACAACCCGGAAGCCAUCAUCGAAAGGUCUAGCUACCUCGGCUACCUCCUUAGACAAUUCUCCAGUAUCUGCUGCGACUGAGGAUGUAGCAUCAUACCCUGUGGCGCCUCUGCCGAUUUUCUCCGAUGUAUCGCCCUUGAACUCUCUGAUAGCCCCAAUCAAGUCCAGCGCAACUAAAGCCACCGUGGGGAUAGAGAAGAGGGCAACUUCUAGCGCCUCAUCAUCAUCUGCGA